CCGGAAGUUGUGCGUGGGAGAGACAAGACAGAGCGGUAACACGGCGGACUUUUUGGAAUGUACAACUUGUCUACUGCUGGUUUACGAGGCGUACACGUUUUCACGGUGCUCCAUGAUUGUAAGAGGAAUAAAAGAAUUGUGUACAUCAGUACGAAGCGUGGAUUCAUUCGACCCGAGUAGAUACACGUGUUUGAAAUUUUAAUCAGAUCACAAAAUCAUCACCGCUGUGUCUGGACAGGACGUCACUCUGACAUGUCGAGCUCAAGCCCACAUCGUCAUAGUUGUAGAGUGGAGCAGAACUGUCCUGGAAAAUGAAGAACUUGUCCUUUUAUAUCAGCAUGGACGACUUGUUCCACAUUAUGGAUAGAAAAAAUGUUUGCUUCGGUGAACCAAAAAUUACUAUUCAUCUGUGGUGAUUUUAAUAUUGAUUUGCUAAACCCAACAAGGUUAAAAGCCAUUGAUGACUUUACUGACACGAUGUACAGCUUAUCACUAUAUCCAACAAUAACAAAGCCAAGCAGAAUAACAUCACAUAGCGCCACUAUUAUUGACAACAUUUUUACUAAUGUCAUGGAUUUCCAAAUUAAUAGUGGCCUGCUUGUCUGUGAUAUAACUGACCACUUACCAGUUUUUACUUUGUGUGACUGUGAUUUUAAAAAAAUAGAUACCAAGAUUACGAUAGCAAAACGAACAAUAAAUGAAGAAGCAAUUCAUGCCUUCAAUUUCGAUUUAGCACAACAAGAUUGGAGUUCGGUGUAUGAAGAGUCAGAUGUGGACAAGGCUUAUGACAAUUUCCUAGAUAUUUUCACUAUGUUGUACAAUAAACAUUGUCCUGUAAACGAACACAGGACAAAGAAAAAAAAGAUAAAAAGUCCUUGGCUCACAAAAGGAAUAAUCAAUGCUUGCAAAAAGAAAAACAAUCUGUAUAAACAGUUCAUCAAAGUAAAAACAAAAGAAGUGGAACAAAGAUAUAAAGCAUACAGAAAUAAAUUGACUGAUAUUAUAAGAACAAGUAAACAACUUUAUUAUAGAAGAAGAUUAUAUGAAAAUAAAAACAAUAUAAAAGGAACUUGGGAUGUGUUAAAUAACUUAAUUAAACAAGGAUCUUCUGGAACAUCAUAUCCUGAAUAUUUCAUUGAUGCAAAUGAUGAAAAUCAUAACAUGAGUAACAUUGUUGAUGGGUUCAAUAAAUUUUUUGUAAAUGUUGGCCCUGAACUAGCAGCGGACAUCCCGUGUCAAAAAAAUGAAAAUAUCAGUAAUAUAAAAUCAAAUCCUUUUUCACUGUUCCUCUCAGCUACUAAUGAGCAAGAAGUAAUAAAUAUCACAUUAAAAUGUAAAAGUAAGUCUUCAAUGGAUUAUCACGACAUAAAUAUGUCUGUAGUUAAACAGGUUAUUCUGAAUAUUGCUAGUCUCUUAACAUAUGUCUGUAAUUUAUCAUUUCAGUCCGGUUGUUUUCCAAAAAAAAUGAAAAUUGCGAAAGUAAUAUCACUAUACAAAAGUAAUGAUAAACACAGUUUUACCAAUUAUAGGCCUAUUUCUCUACUGCCUCAAUUCUCAAAAAUUUUAGAAAAACUUUUAAUUCAAGAUUAG